UCCUCCUCCAUUGCUAAAGCUUCGAAAUUUACAGCCGGAAAUCGUUAAAGAGAAGCUCUUUGGUCAAAAGGGUCUUCUUUUCUGAGCCCUGUUUUUGUGGGUUUCAUUGACCCAUUUCUCACUUCUCUGCUUUGUUCAGACUAGUACUACUUCUUCCUGGGAAGCUCUGGUUUUUCUGAAAUGCUAGUGGACAAGUUCAAGUCUUGCACUCUAAUUGGAGGCAUUUGAAGACUAUUUGGUCUCAUUUUGGACUUGUGGGUCUUUUUCAUUCAUCAAAUUGGUCUUCUCUGGCUCUUCUGGACUGUAAUGAGAUGGGGUUUGAGGUGAAUGGUGAUGGUAAAAUGCUGGGAUUGUUGAGAGUGAAUCCAAGGCACAAGCGUUCCAAAAGCUUUCCUGAUAAGAAAAGAGUGCUGGAAGAUGAGUUGAAUAGUUCUCAUGAAGCAUCAGACCGUGUAAAGCUGGAUCUGGCACAGUUCAAGGGCCGUGUUGCAACCAAGAACAAACAAUCUCCUGCCAUGGAAGUUCACAAUUCUUUGAAGCAAGAGAUUCUACAGCUUGAAAAACGAUUGCAAAAUCAAUUUCAGGUCCGACAUGCUUUAGAGAAUGCAUUGGGUUAUAAGUCUUCCAUCCAUAACAAUACUGUGUCCACAAAUGAAACCGCACUUCCUAAGCCAGCUACAGAAUUGAUCAAAGAGAUUGCUUUGCUAGAAUUGGAAGUUGGGCAUUUGGAACAGUAUCUUCUGUCAUUGUACCGUAAAGCAUUUGAUGGACAAUCGUCCUUUGUUCCCCCAUGCAAGAAGGAUGAAAAACUAAACUCACCUGUAACAACCCCAAGAAAAAACUUGUUGAAAGUUUUUGAACGUGACAUUACAUUGAAGAGGGAAGAUUUAGCAGUUCAAUGUGGUGGUCAGUCACUUGAUAAUUCAUGGAAGGAAUAUGUUGGAGAAGAAGAGAGGCCAUUAGAUUCCAGUGUUCACCGUUGCCAUUCCUCACUUUCACAACAUUCUGCAUUCGUAACUAGAACCUCUCCUCCAGAAGAGUCGAUGGCAAAAGCUUUGCGUGCCUGUCAUUCUCAACCAUUGUCCAUGAUGGAGUAUGCUCAGAAUACUUCAUCAAAUGUAAUUAGUCUGGCAGAGCAUCUUGGUACACGCAUUUCUGAUCACAUUCAAGAGACACCUAACAGGCUUUCAGAGGACAUGAUCAAGUGCAUGUCCACUAUAUAUUGCAAGCUUGCGGAAUCCCCCUUGACACAGAAUGGCCUUUCAUCUCCCAAUUCAUCUUUGUCAUCUACUAGUGCCUUUUCUCCUCAUGAACAGAGUGAUAUGUGGAGUCCGCACUUCAAAAAUAAUUCAUCUUUUGAUGUACGAUUGGAUAAUCCAUUUCUGGUGGAAGGACUUAAGGAAUUUAGUGGGCCAUACAGCACAAUGGUUGAAGUACCGUGGAUAUAUAGAGAUAGUAAAAAAUUAGGUGAUAUUGAAGACUUGCUACAACAUUUCAGGUCACUUGUCAGUCGUUUAGAAGAAGUAGAUCCUAGAAAGUUGAAUAAUGAUGAGAAAUUAGCGUUCUGGAUUAACGUACACAAUACUUUGGUCAUGCAUGCGUAUUUGGCUUACGGGGUUCCACAGAACAAUGUAAAGAGGGUGUAUUUACUUUUGAAGGCUGCAUAUAACAUAGGUGGCCACACAAUCAGCGCGGACACAAUGCAGAGCUCUAUUCUUGGAUGCCGAAUGUCACGUCCAGGACAGUGGCUCCGUCUGUUACUUACUCCAAGGAACAAAUUCAAGACUGGAGAUGAACGGCAGGCCUAUGCAAUAGACCAUCCAGAACCCCUUCUACAUUUUGCACUUUGUUCGGGAAGCCAUUCUGAUCCUGCGGUUCGUGUAUACACACCAAAGAGAUUAUCUCAGGAGCUGGAAGUUGCAAAAGAGGAGUAUGUUCGAGCUACCUUUGGAGUGCGGAAGGACCACAAAAUUCUUCUACCAAAGAUUGUCGAGUCAUUUGCAAAGAGUUCGGAUUUGUGUCCUGGCGGUGUUUUGGAGACGAUACAACGAUCAUUGCCUGAUUCUCUGCGGAAGAGUGUCAAGAAAUGCCAGCAGGCUGGGAAAUCACGGAAGAACAUAAUUGAGUGGAUCCCUCACAACUUCACUUUCCGGUAUCUAAUUUCUAAAGAGCUAGUGAAGUGACCGCUUGCACGACCAGGGUUGCUGUUUGAUACAUGCCAUUGUUAAAAAGGUUUUUGUGGUAGAAGAUUUUCAUUCAUGUAGCUCAUCUUCUGUACAAAGUAGUAUAUGAACC